AUGUCCCAGCCGCAGAAGAACGAGCCGACUUUCAACAUCCUGCCCCAUCCUGCUAAAUCUAACGACCCGAAGGAUCUCGAACCUCCCCAGCUCGGCGCAGGCUUGAACAGCAACCCCGAGAUGCAGGCAUUCCACGCUCGUGAUCCGUACGUGCCAAGUUCUGAGCUGAUGAAAGGUGUCGAGGAGCCUUUGAGCCGUGAGGAGCUGCAUGCCAGAUCGGCUCAGCUCAAAGAGCAGAAGAAGUAA